AUGGUUACUUCCUGCAGCAACAUCGGUGGAGUAUAUAACGACAUGGGUGACUACUCCAAAGCUCUUGAAUUAUAUGAAAAAUCACAUAAAAUCCUUGAAAAGGCUCUUCCUCCGACUCAUCCUCAUUUGGCUAGUAGUCAUUUGAAUUUUGCAGCGUGUUUCGAAGGCAUGGGUGAUUAUGUAGCAGCUCUUAAGACUCUUCAAAGUGCUUUCGAAAUUCAGCAAAAAGCAUUUCAAGAAGGUAAUCUACAGUUUGCUUUUACAUACAACGGGUUUAGAACGGUGUAUCGCAGUAUGAAAAAUUACUCAAACGCACUUUAUAAUUUUGAAAAGUGCCUAACAAUACGUCAACAAGCAUUACUGGAAAGACAUCCCUAUCAAGUUAUUAUAUAUACGAAUAUUGGUGAUGUUCACCGAUUAAUGAAAGAUUAUAAAAAGGUACUUUCAUUUCAUCAAAAAGCAUUAAAUCUUCAGAAGAAUUCUCAAUGUAAUUCUUUGGAAUGUGCAACAACAUAUACUAAUUUAGGUGAAGCUUACCGAGAAAUGAAAGAUUAUACAACAGCAUUGACAUAUUUUGAGAAAGGAUUACAAAUACGUGAAAAUAAACUGCCAAAAAAUCAUCCUGAUUUAGCUGUGAUCUAUCAUAAUUUGGCGAAGUUAUACUUGGCUACUCAACAAUACAGUAUGGCAAUGAAAAAUGUUCAGCAAGCGGUAGAAAUUGCUCAAAUAAAAUUGGCUUCAAAUCAUCUUCAUGCUUUGAACUAUAAAGAAACAUUUGAAAAAAUUUAA